GCAGCAAAUUGAGUCCAUCAGACAAAAUACCACAGGAACAUGCGCGGUGUUAACUUUAAGAGCUAGUUAACCAGAAAUUGUGUUUUAGUCAAUGUAACUGGUAGUAUGUCACGGAUUACCUCCCCCAUUUUGCAUAUAUCGAACUAGCAAAAUAUCAAAUUAUUUAAAAUUAAGGAUGGACCUGUAUGAUGACGAGCCAGAAUAUGCGGACUUUCGGGUGGUCCAAGCAAUGAUGGAAAUGUUUGAACUGCAUUCUCCUGUGCGAAGGAUGGUGAGCAUUGGAUGUCUUGAUGAUGCUGACGAGAGAUUUUGGGGACCCCGCCAAGGUGAUUUCCCAGGGUUUUCUGGGUUUACUGUAAAUAUUAACAGAAGAUUAAAUGUGAGUCCGGGAAAGUCUUCCCACCCUAUAUAUGUGCCUGGGGCACAUUUCCCUCCAAGUGCAAAAGAGCCUCCUCACUUUUCCCCAGAGCUGAAGGAGAUUGUUGAGGGCCAUGCUGAAACAAAGACCAAAAAACACAUGGGAAAGGCCGACAGGAAGCGGCUUAAGAAACGGAAACAGAGGGAGAGGAAACGACUCGAGAAGUUAGAGAAGGAGAAACGGAAUUCACAGAAAAAAGUACAGGGAAAAGGUGACUCUAAGCAGUCGAAAGCAGAGGAAAAUGAAGGGGUAAAUGAUAAAUCUACUGAAAAAAUGAAGACUUCCAGUGGUAAACAUAUGAGCCAAUCGGGGAAACAAGAUGCAGACAGUAGCGGCAGCAGUAGUAGUGAAGAAGUCUCCAGCGAUGAAGAGAGCAGUGACCCAGAGAGUAUAUCGGAAAGCUGUGAGGGACUGGACCUAACCAGUGUCUUUGUAAGUAAGGCUGCAGACAUAGCCAAGAGAAAAUUAGAGCAGAAGCCCAAACAAGAAAAGAAGGAGAAAAAGAUAAAUAAUAAAAAGGAAAUUCAACCAGCCAAGGACAAACCUAAUGAAGAGCAGAAUGAUAUAAAUAAGAAUACUGCCGCCCCAAGCAACCCCAGUCUUGAAGAUAACCUAAAAAUAAGUACAGAACUUGCAGAGCUUGGAAAUAAGUACGCUCAAGCUGGACAAUUUGUUACUGCUGUGAAGCAUUAUACAGACGCAAUUAAGCACAACCCUACAGAUUAUAGGCUGUUUGGAAACCGCUCCUACUGUUUUGAGAAGAUGCAGGAGUAUCAAAAGGCGCUGACCGAUGCUGAGCUGUCCCUCAGCAUAUUUCCCAGCUGGGUCAAAGGUCAUUAUAGGAGAGGCAGAGCUCUGGCAGGUUUAAAGAGUUAUGACGAGGCUGCAGAGGCUUUUAAGAAUGUUCUGAAGCUCAACAGCAGCUGUGCAGAUGCUGCCCAGGAACUGAUGCGUGUGCAGAUAUCGCAACUAAUGGAGUACGGCUUUUCAAGGGAGCAGAGCUCAAAUGCCUUAAUAAUUCACGGGACAGUAAAUAAGGCACUGGAGGUGCUGUCUAAAUUAAAUGGUAGAUCAGAAGCCACCUCUGCCCAAGUCCAUAAAACUCUCCCACCAGCCUUGUCUGAGACGACCAGCAGAACCCCUGUCGCUUCCUCUGCCAACUCCAAACCCCUCCUUCCUCCUCAGGCCCAGGAUCCACCAAAACACCCACUUAUGAAUAGACCCUUGGGUCCAAUCCAGAAUAAGUCUAAUAUCCAGAGUGAGCCAAGGCCCCUUCAUAAACAUCUUGAGAAGGACGCAGAAGCUCACCAACAGCAACUGGAGCUGUUUCCUAUUUGGGUGGGAAACUUGGUUCCCACAGUUCAAGAAUCCACAGUUGCCAAACUAUUCAGCAGUGUCGGACAGAUAUAUAGUAUCAAGCUUCUGAUUAACAAAAGGUGUGCCUUUGUCAACUUUACCAAAAAAGACCAUUGUGAUGAUGCCAUCCGGCGGUUUCAUGGCUAUGUUUUAAUGGGCAACAAUAUCGUCGUGCGAUACCCCGACAGGAUUCCUAAGGGCAUGGGCAUCUCCAAGUUGGCCCUCAGAGCUGAAGACCAGCCAAAUGAUUGUUUCAAGCAAGGCGAGUGCGUCUACUGGCGGAGUGUCGGAUGUUACCGAAGACCUGGCUGUGCAUAUAGACAUGUCCCUGAGCAUAAAGGCAUCGACAACCAUUAACCGCAACAAGACUAUCAACGGUGUGAACCCCCCCAGUCAGUGACAUCAACACUGUUUAAGGCUUUGUCAGUUCUUAUUGCAUAUUUCUAACGAGAUUAAAUGAAUAAUAAGUUUAAAAAGUAGAACUUUAGCAACUGAUACUCACUGGAUAACAUGUAUUUUUUUAUGAUUUUAAUCCUUCUAAAUGUAGCGGCUACCAAAGAUGGAAGCUGCUGAUCUUGAUUGAAUUCCACUUUUUUUAUAUUUGUCAAAAAACAAAACAGUGAUGGCCUUAAUUGUUUAUUACAAGUUUCCAAAAAGUAUCUUUUUGCCAAAUUCCUGUAAGUCAAACGGAAAUAUUUCUCUGUGGAAACUGGAUUGUGUAUUCAUCCUCUGCUCAGGUUCCUGUCCAAGCCACACAUUUUGUUUGAACGGUGUGAUUUGAAUAGAAAUAACCGUUAAAUAAUCAUUUAGUUGUUUUUCCAUUAGCCACACCAAUUACAAACUAACAGACAGAAAUUGUGGGGAAAAAGCAAGACAUUAGCAUUGCUAAUGGGCAAAAAGGUAUCAUACAUUUUUAGCCAGUUUGUAUCUACAGAGAAAUCCACUGACUAUAUCUACUACAUGUUUGAUUUAAAUUUGAGCUUCAUGACAAUCUUACUCCUACAGAUAAUCCCGAAAGACAUAGUUUCAUGAUCUUGUAAAAUGUAGGGAUGGAUACUUGCACUGCUGCUUUAGUAUUGCUCUUUUCACCCUGCGGUUCUGUUUCUUUUGUUGUUCAUCAAGCGUAACAAUUAUUACACAAACCGUCAAUUGUCAGAAAUCAAUUUAUAUGUCAGUCAUGAGCCUGUAUUAAGGCCAAGUGUUGAAGUAUUUGUAUUUUAAUGUCCAAGAAGAAUUAAAGUUUAUCCAACAGUCCA